GCGGUGGGCGCGCAGGAACCCCCUUGCAGGGGGGAGUGGCAUACAAGGACCCCUUGCAGGGAGAGGAGGAGACGUUCUGCACCAGCCGCUGCGGUCACGCAGGGACCCUAGCAAGCGGAUGGCGUGCAGUCACACAGCCCCCGGGGUGGGACCUCGGCGGGAAGGCACACUGUUGCAUGGCUAAUUCCCUUAUGGCCUCUGAGCUCUUCCCCUAGUUGGGGCGGCGCUGCCGGGAUCACGUUGCAGCCCUGGAGGCGCAUCUCCAUGGUCUCCUGAGCCGCGAGUAAAGAGGGCCAGGCGGGUCUUAGUCCUGCUGGCAGCUCGGGGCCUGUGUGAAGCCAUGUGGUUUGAGUGGAGGGAAGAGGCACAGGGUUGUCCCCUCAUUGAGUGGUGCUGUACCAGAUGGGUGAAGGAAUGGACCUCUCCCCCUUGCCUGCAGCCCUGCUCAUCUUCUCUUCUCUCUUACAGGUCUUCCUGCUCUGCCCCCAUCUCACCUGCCACCCUUGCCAGCAGGGACUGUGCUCCCCACCUGCCAUACUCUGGCCCCUUUUCCCAUCGGGCUGUGGCCUGCCUGAGCCCACACCUGCCCCACCAUGUCAAUGCUGGCAGCUUUGACCCUGGACAUGGAGAAGACCCUGCUCCCAGCUAGCACCCUCUCCUGGAGGGCCGAGUUCCUUAAGAUCCCCGGCCACUAUGAGCCCCUGGCAGGGGCCACGGAUGGGCACUAUGCCCAUGGCACAGAGGCAAUGGUGUUGGCAGGCGAUGGCUUCUCAGACUGGAUGACGGAGAGGGUGGACUUCUCCUCUCUCCUGAUGGAGUCGGGGGACCCAUCGCUGCCCUCGCCCCCACUGCCUGACCUGGAGGCCAUGGCUUCCCUCCUGAAGAAGGAGCUGGAGCAGAUGGAAGACUACUUUCUAGAGGAGUCACUGUCCCCAGGUCUGGGCCUGGACCAGGUGGCCCCCAGCACACCACCUUCACACCAACCUGCAUUCCACUUCCCUUUUGGAGAUGGUAGUGGGCCAGCAGGGUCCUUCCCACACUUUGGCUCUGACAGCCCCACACCACUGCAGACCCUCGAUUCAGGCUGCCUUGAGCUCCUCAACCUGUAUGGUACUGGGGUGCCUAGUGGGGAGUGCCCUGGCCAGGGCCGGCUGGAGGAGUAUAUUGGUAGCCCACCAGCUGCCAAGCGCAGCAGGCCAAACCCCUUGGAGCAGUCAGCAGUCCUGCCCCAGCAAAAGGGGGACCGUAAGCAAAAGAAGCGGGAUCAGAACAAGACAGCAGCACUACGGUACCGGCAGCGGAAGCGGGCUGAGUAUGAGGCACUAGAUGAUGAGUGCCAGGGUUUGGAGGCCAGGAAUCGUGAGCUUAAAGAGAAGGCAGACUCUAUUGAGCGUGAGAUCCAGUAUGUCAAAGACCUGCUCAUUGAGGUCUACAAGGCCAGGAGCCAGAGGCUCCGUGCUAGCUAGCUUGAGCAGGGAGAUAGUCUAGACUCCACCCCAGAUCCAGAGUAGGGCACUGGAUCUGAGGGGGAGGGACUCUGACAGAUGUGGAUCUUAAGAUCUGGGCUCCAGACUCAGCACAACACCCCCUAAUGCAGUAGAAGCAGGGUACUGGGGACAAUGAGCUAGACAAUGCUCUGAGUGGGUCAGAGAAACAGUGGCUGGGCAGAGGAAAGGUUGUGACAGGAGAGGGAGACCAGGGUGCUAGGUGAUGUUCUGGAGAAUGGACAUGCCUCUAGGGAGGGAUGUUGGGGAAGGGGACAAGAGUGGAACAAAGGCAGGAGAAGGGUGUAGCUAUGGCACAGCAGGGGUGUGUAAAAGGUAGUGGGGAGGUGCUGGGUGAAGUGAAAGUGCAUGUGGGACAGAGGCAGAGCCAUAUAAACUUUUUUUAUAGAUGUUUCCUGUAGCUUCCUUUAUAAUGCAUAAAAGCAAAUAAAGGCUAAUUCCUACA